AUGAACCUCCUCAUCCUAACCCUAUUCGCCGCCCUGACAACAGCAACAACCCUCCGCCGCCAAGACAACCUCCUCUACCCCUACGAAACCUACCGCUACUGGGUCCAAACCGGCAACUGGAAACUCGACCCCCAAGACCAACUCCUGGUCGUCAAGAACGGUAAACCUGCCGACGAAACCACCUCCAUCGUAACCUUCCACAUUCCCCCAACUGCCGAAGGCCACAAAUGCAAGCUCCUCUUCGACCUUUGGGCCCGCGACGUCUCCACCGGCUCACAGCAGGCGGAUGUAUUCACGGCGACGAAGCCCACGGGUGCAAGUGUUGCCGAUGCUAACUCGGACUCAACGGCGUCGCUGCAGUCCGUGUCGAAGGAGGUCGCUGAUGUGAUCGUGCAGGCUAGGGAUGAGCAUGUCGGAAGGAUUAGGGUCCCUGCUCCUGGGACGGCGGACUGGGUUUUGGCGUAUCAGGGAUAUCCGGAGUUUGAGUGUGGUGGGGAGCGGAUGGUGGGGUUCGAGUUUGUGGGGGUUAACGAUGCGGUUGAGAUUCGGUGGGAUAUUGGGGUUACAGGGCCUAGGGUGCAGGUUUUGUGA